CAUGAAAGAAUUCACACAGGAGAGAAACCGUAUGUAUGUAAGCAAUGUGGGAAAGCUUUUACCAGACCUGGACAUUGUAAGGAACAUGAAAGAAUUCACACUGGAGAGAAACCAUAUGUAUGUAAGCAAUGUGGGAAAGCUUUUAUCAGACCUGGAUGUUGUAAGCAACAUGAAAGAAUUCACACUGGAGAGAAACCAUAUGUAUGUAAGCGAUGUGGGAAAGCUUUUACCAGACCUGGACGUUGUAAGGAACAUGAAAGAAUUCACACUGGAGAGAAACCAUAUGCAUGUAAGCAAUGUGGGAAAGCUUUUAACACAUGGGGAAAUUGUAAGCAACAUGAAAGAAUUCACACUGUAGAGAAACCAUAUGUAUGUAAGCAAUGUGGGAAAGCUUUUAACACACAUGCACAAUGUAAGGUUCAUGAAAGAAUUCACACUGGAGAGAAACCAUAUGCGUGUAAGCAAUGUGGGAAAGCUUUUAAAACACAGGGAGAUUGUCAGAAACAUGAAAGGAUACACAGUGGAGAGAAACCUUAUGUAUGCCAGCAAUGUGGAAAAGGUUUCACCACAUCUGGAUAUUGUAAGCAACAUGAAAGAAUUUACACUGGAGAGAAAUCAUAUGUAUGUGAGCAAUGUGGGAAAGCUUUUAACACACGUACAUAUUGUAAGGUUCAUGUAAGAAUUCACACUGGAGAGAAACCUUAUGUAUGUAAGCAAUGUAGGAAAGCUUUUAACACACAGGCAGAUUGUAAAAAACAUGAAAGAAUUCACACUGGAGAGAAACCCUAUGCAUGUAAGCAAUGUGGGAAAGCUUUUAACACACAGGGAGAUUUUAAGAAACAUGAAAGAAUUCACACUGGAGAGAAACCCUAUAUAUGUAAGCAAUGUGGGAAAGUUUUUACCCAACAUGGACAUUGUAAGCAACAUGAAAGUUCACACUAGAUAAAACCAGUGUAUGUGUAUAUAAGCAUCAUGAAAAUUUUUUGAGCACAUGUACAUAUUGCAUAAUGCAUGAAAAAUUUCACACUGGGCAGAAAACUUAUACAUGUAAGGAAUGUGGGAAAGGUUUCACCAAAUCUGGACAUUGUAAGCAACAUGAAAGAAUUCACACUGGAGAGAAACCAUAUGUAUGUAAGCAAUGUGGGAAAGCUUUUAACACACGUGCAUAUUGUAAGCAACAUGAAAGAAUUCACAAUGGAGAGAGAUCAUAUGUAUGUAAGGAAUGUGGGAAAGCUUUUAACACAUGGGGAGAUUGUAAGAAACAUGAAAGAAUUCACACUGGAGAGAAACCCUAUAUAUGUAAGCAAUGUGGAAAAUAUUUUACCAAUUCUGGAAAUUGUAAGGAACAUGAAAUAAUUCACACUGGAGAGAAACCAUAUGUAUAAGCAAUGUGGGAAAGUUUUUACCCUACAUGGACAUUGUAAACAACAUGAAAGUUCACACUCAAGAUAAAACCAGUGUAUAUAAGCAUCAUGAGAAUGGUUUGAGCACAUGUAUUUAUUACAUAAUGCAUGAAAAUUUUCACACUGGGCAGAAAACUUAUAUAUGUAAGGAAUGUCCGAAAGGUUUCAGCAGAAAUGCUCAUUGUCCCAUACAUUAUAAAAUUUACACUGUUGAGAAAGUCUGUGUAUGUGAAGAAUGUGGGAAAGCUUUCACCACUCAUGGAUACUGUAAAAUACAUCAAUUACUUCACACUGGUGAGAAACCCUGUGUAUAUAACAACGUAGCAAAGUUUUACCGCAUACAGUCACUGCAAAACAGAUGAAAGAAUUCACACUGGGAAGAAUCACUGGCUAUGUAAGCAAGUGGAGACACUUUUAGCAGCCAGAUUGUAAGUGAAAUAUAUGAAGAAACUCACACAAGAGAUAAAUCCUAUGUGCUAUGGGAAUCCUCUCAGCACACAUGAUCAUUGUUACAUAUAUGAAAGAGCUCACUGGGCAGAGAUCCUAUGUGGAUUAACAAUGUGAGAAAUAUGGCAAUCCAUGUUUGUUGUUAAAUACAUAGAAAAAGUGUCACUCUUCAGACAAUUUAGAUUUAAGUUUACUUUAAAAAUCCCAAGGAGACCAAAGAAAUAACCAAUACAGAAGUUUGAUGUCAAUAUUUCUUCACAAAUUUUCCAGAAAUGACAAAUCUGAGGUGGAGCUCUCCUCAAGUGCACAUGUUGUAUGGUUUUCAGUUAACCACUUGUACCUCUUUAGAUUUUUUAAAAUGUCUUUGUGCUUCAACAUGGCAUCUUAUAAUUAAGCAUGGUAAACUGAAAUGGGCUGCUAACUUUCAAGCAUGGAUAGUGUCUAUGUACUUAAUAUUUUGUCUUUAAAAUUGAAUUUUUAUAUUUUGUGAUAAAUUGUAAUGUUCAUUUAAAGAGAAAAAACAGAAUAAAUGUAGAAAUGAUACAGAAUUUCAGAAAAAUAAUAAUAAAUCACUAGUUGAUUAGUUACAUAUUUUCAUCUUCGAAGUAGUUGUUCAUGUUACAAAAUAAAGCAUACAAAGUGCUAUUCAAAUAAUGACACUGUGAACAGUUCACCUCAAUGAUCCAACAAAGACUUAUUAAUAUGCUUA